UGGUUCAACCAACAAAAGAAAAACAAACGGAAUAUAACAAGCAUGGCAGACAUUCAAAGAUCAAUCAAGGAUUUGUGGGUGAUUAUAUCUGGAAACACAGUCCUAAAGUCUAACGAGCUCGUUGGCACCGAACUGACCAAGAAUGCCGACCAGGUUCUUAACGGAAUCCUCUAUUUUACAGAAAAACGGAAGGACCCCUGUCGAGCACCGAAUGAUUUUCACCCCGAACUACUUACGAAACUCAGCACUCUGCUCGGACUGGACAAAGACCGUAGUUACGAGCUUUUUUGUUCGUACUUGGUGUACGAGUACAGAGGCACUCAUGAUGACUUGAAGGUCACGCUCUCUAGCGAACGCAACAUACCGUACAUACUGCAUGAGGUCUGGAAUUUCUACCGUACCGAGCGCCUGUUCAGCCUCUUCUGUCUGAAGCACAUCCUGGAGAAUUGGCAGAACAAGGCUCAUCCAUACAUGGAACUCUUUGAUGGAUUCCUCGAAAGCAUUAACGCCAACGAGGUGGUGAUAAAAAAGGUGAUUGAGCAGCUUGAAGUAGUGAUCGAGCUGCAAGCCCCAGCGAGAGACACACACGGACCUUACAUGACCAAUGCAUUGAUUGCCCAAUGGGUUAACUACACCCUCCAGGAGCAGUGUGAACUGUUGCAAAUUGCCUUGCUCUACUACAAGGAAAUGCAGCCGAAAUUAGAUGACAUCAUCCAGCUCUUGAAGAUUUUUCAGAAACACAGCUUUGGCCAGAGACAUCCAUAUAGGCACCUGCUCAACGAAGCUCACGGCUCAAUGUUGGACUUGAUCAGCCAUCUUGAAUGUUUUGUGCUGGUGGAGAGCUUUGACUUGGACUGGCUUCACAGAUGUCACCUGGAAAGCAUGACGGACCAUCAGCUUUUGAAAGACAACAAGGAGAAGCUAGAGGCCCUGGACAGGAGCAUGUCCUGCUUGGGGGUCCAGGGGGUGCACGGACCACUGCUGCUUGCAUGGCUUCUGGUGCGCUCGUGGGCACUGCCCAACGUUCCCCCGGGCAACUUGGGGCAGGUUGCCCUCAGGAGCAACGCCUUUGGCUACCUUCACAAUGCCCUCUCGCACCCUGCAUUUGUCGGCAACGGCGUUGUUCCGACAAAGGUCCACGCCAUCGUGUACGAACUCGUGCUACUUCUGGUGUCAUCUUUUGAACACCACACCCUCGGUCCCAUUGGGCCACUGUAUAGCCUCGCCGAGAAGCUGCUUGCUUAUCCAGCUUUGGCUGAAGACUUCUGGAGGGAGGGUGAAGCAACGGGACUGGGACACCUGUUUGCUGAAGCGAAGCGAGCUUUCCCCUUGAAUGCGGAGCCUCUACUCGAAAUGACGGCGUCACUGGCAAGGGCAGGAGAAGCCAGUGCACAGAAGGUUAUUCAUUACCUGCAAGACCUUCCGUGCUUUGUGGAGUCCCUGGAUCACAUUGAUCCCCAGGAAAUGAACACCAUGUCAGAUGGAUCUACAGUGCAGCUGAAAACAAACCACUUUCCCUACGGCACUGGUUCCGUCAUCUUGCCAAGAGGAACGGAAGGACAGCUGCUUGUAUCAGAAGGAGUUUCCAUGAUCCAGUGGCACGUGGGCGUCAAUGGGUGGCAAAUCUGCCUCUGUGAGAUGGCUAAGCCAAGGGACAUGGACCAAGCCUGGCUUCGCAGAGUGCUCCACAUCACUCGUCUAGUGCGCAGCCUUCUCGAGUCUGACCCUUCCCUCCACGACCUGUUGGCGCAUUUGGUGGAUGCACUCUUUGCGAUGCUCGAAAGGGUAACAACGCUUUCACAUCCUCCCUUGGAGCUGUUGGGAGAGUGCCUGCGUGUCGCGGCCGUGCUGGCCAAACAGAAUCCCAGAGCCAUCUGGGGCCAUCUGGUGCAAACGGGAAUCCUGCCGACGCUCAGCACCAAACCCAAAUCUGCGGCACAGCUUGCCAAGGGCUACCUGGUCACAGACAGCAUGCUCAGUCAGGCCAUGGCAUCCCAGGAGAGGGUGGUGGGCAACCACCCGGUCUGCCUCGCAUUUCUUAGCCUCCUCGCAUCUGUGUCCGAGACGUUCGUGGAGACGGUGGAUGAGGACUUCCUGGCGUGCCUGGUGGUGGUGCUGCGGGACCUGUUCCCCUCGUUCCACCAGUGGCCCUACGCCACCGCCCGGGACCGGGACGUGGUGGGACACCGCUGCCUCGUCAUCUUCCACAGGGUGCUCACCCUGUCGCCGGCGUUCAGGGCCAGCACCGUCGGGAGCUGCGAAGUGUGCGUCUACAGCCUGCUGCACGGAGACGCGGGCCAGGCUCUGCUCCGCCUCAUCAUUGCCGGGGAGGCUUCCGUGGCAAGAGCCAUAGAGUUGGAAGGCAGCCAGCAGAGCGAGGACCUGCUGACGUCGGUGCGGCUGUGCUUCUCGCUGCUGAACCGCCUGCUCCUGCUGAGCACGGGCAGCGGCGCCGGAGCGAGCUCUCCCCUGGAGCAGAGGCUGCUGGUCUCCCCUAACCAGUCGAGCGCUGCCUGCUUGGUCACCUCCGUGGGCCACUUCCUCUACCUCCGCUUCGACCCCCGGCUGUGCACGCUCGCCAUCCAGCUGCUCAAGCGCAUCGCCAAGCUGUACCCAAUGUCGCUGCUGGCCUGCCUGGGCAGGGACGCGGAAGGUUUCAGGGAUCAGGCCCUGCUGCGGCUGGGCAAGCUCACUGAGGACGUCCGUCUCAAGGUGGCCAUUCUGCAGCUCCUCAACGUCUGCAUACGCACCCAGCCGGGGCUCUCGCAGCUCUUUCUCUCGUCGCCCGACAGCAGUGGCGGCAGCGGCGGCAGUGGCAGCAACGACAACAAUGCCCAGAAGACUGCAGAACUGAGCCCAUGCUUAGGUGAAGUGUUGAAGAUUUUGAAGAUGAAGCGUGAGGGUGUCUACUUUUGUCCCACGGAACUCCACUGCUCGGCCAUGGAAGUCGUUCACACCCUCUGGGCUUGCCAUCAGCUGAGGGCCAUGGAAGUGCUGAGAAACGACAAAACAUUCUGGGAACUCGUCUGCUUCCCCGUGCUGAGCAACUCUGUGCUGACGCAAGACCCGAGGCUGGUGGCUUUCAUCUUGAGGACGCUUGCCUUGGAGCUUUUCCACUCGAAGAGCCAGUUGGACCCGAAUGUCAAGUCCAUUUUUGAGAGAGUCCAGAAGAAUGGGUUUAUCAAGAAGUGGUCAAAGUUGGUGAACAGCAGUCUUCCUCACCUCUCCGACAUGAAUGCUUCGAUCACUCUCAUGGAUGCUAGUGACAUGAGCAACUCGGUGACCGACUCAGUUGCACUGCUUUCAGGCUGGCGGGACCUCUGCGUGACGCUGGCAAAGUGUCAACAUGUACAGCUGACGGCAAGCGAGAAGCACUCAAUCCUGCAGGACAUACUCCAAGGCCUGAUGGCUGACGAGGCUCUGGAGAAUUUCAAAAUCAACAUCCUCCUAGGUGAACUGUAUCUUGUCCUGCUAAAUCAAUGGAGCAGCGCUAGUGACACCACGACUCCGAGCUGGUGCAGCAACAUCGACAAGCUGCUGUCCAUGCUCGCCCCCGGCGUCACCUCAGUGCACCCAAGACUGGUCCUCACCGUGGCCACACUCCUAGCGUCAGCAGUCGGGAUUCUGAGACUGAAGAUGGACGCCGGCGACAAGGAUCUGCAGCCAUUCCACUUGGAUUCAUGGACACAGUCCCUCUGUGUUCUUCUCAAGUACUACAGCCAGCAGUGCAUCGAUGACCUCAAGACCACCCAUCUCCUCUCUGUCCGAGUCUGCACCAGCUUGGUCAUUCUGCUCAAGGAUGUGCUCGGGCUGUCGAAGGAGAAGGGAAGCUGCUGUCCUCUUCUUCAGCAGCACCUCAUCGUCUCAACGCUGUGCCGAGUCCUCCACGCCUGUCUUCAGGUUCGGAAGGGGAACCACCUGGCCCAUGCCAUCUGCCACCUGUUCCUCUCGCUGGCCUCUACACCUCAGAUGGCGGAGGCACUUCAGCUGUGCGGCGUCUUGGAGAAAGCGAGCCCAUACCUGGGUGCCUGCUACGGGGGCGGUGACCGUUCCUGGCUGGAAGUGUACAGGCUGCUGGUUCAGCUGGCCACCGUGAUGCUGCACACACUGAGGCACUUCUUCAUCGAGGAUGCACACGCCUUCAUGGUGCUUCACCUGGACAGACUGAUCUCGUGUUUGAUGCAGGUGCGCACUUCUCCCGCAAACGUCCACGAGGCGCUGGUGACCUGCCACCUGGCGUACAUAAUGGCGUCCCUGCGGACCUCUUGGCCCUGCGAUCAGAUGAACCCCCUCACAACGCUCAUGCGGGGCGUUUGCAGUGCUGCCUCUGCUGCAAUUUCCUACCUCUGCAGGCCAACCCUGUUGCAGCACUUGAUAGAGUACAAGAAAGGAUCCCCAGCACAGCUGCGUUGCGAAGAAGAGACAAACCAGCCUCGCCGUCAGCUCUCAACCGAAGACGUGUGCGAUCCUUCACCUAAGCUCACUGAGGCCCGGAGCAAGUUGCUUGAGCUGUUGUCCGUCUGCUUGGCCUGCUGCCAGCAGUUCAGUCCCAGUGUUGCCGAAGCCGUCUCUGAUCAGUCUCUGGAUGUGGAUCAGUGGCCGCCCAUCGUGGAGGUCUCCUUUUCGUCGCCGUCGCUCGAGCAAGAACACCACCUGACGUUUGGCACCCUGUUCCAGGUGUCGCACCUAUGCCUCAAGUUCCUCACAAAGAGUGAACGACUCACAAAAUCGCCAGGAGCAAGUCCAGGUGUCCUUCAUCCAGAAAGGUCCCUCGUCCUGACCGUGCUCGAGAUGAGCCUCUCACUCGUCCUGGGGCAGGCCAUCCUGUGUCGCCUGCAGCCCCACGUACCACCCAGGGAGAAGCAGCUACUCUCCAGGGAACUUAGCGCCGAAAUUAGCUCGGUGAAGAUGCAGGUGCAGCGGCACCUAAGGAGAGGAGGCCCCGUUUCGCCAAGUGCUUCCAGAACUGGGGGACCACAGAUUCCGCCAGACCCUCUGUCGGAGUGGGGACUGGUCCAAGUGUUCAUUCAGAUUGUGGAUCAGGUCUUCAAGUGACCUCACACACCUCGACCAACACGUGUACAUACCUUUUUUUUUUAUUUGUUCUUGAUUUUUUUUUUUUAAUAAAAUGUUUCUGCCUGUGU